AUGCAUAAACUGUGAAAUCAAAUUUGCAAUGAAUAACAUAAUUAUAAGAUCUAUCUAAAUUUGGCUGCACUAGGUAAUGCCUUAUCUUAUGUCACGUCGAUAAAAGGAAAUUGACAGGGAGAAUGUCUGUCGACCCUAGAGAACUGUUUGAUAAUGAAGGCUUUUUCUGUCAACGUGAAAAUUGCAACAACCUGUUAAAAGAUGCUUUCAAGACAAGCUGUGGACAUCAUCUUUGUGCAGACUGUGUAGACAAAACUGAAUACACGGCUAGAGCAUUGAAAAGACAAGCACAAUGCCCUAUAAAAAACUGCGAGAAAAGGUUACAGUAUUCCAAUGAUGUCGAUUUGCGUGAACAGAUACGCCAGUCGCAUGUGUCGUGCGUUAUUAAUGGCUGCACCUGGAAUGGAACCUACACAGCAUACACUGACCACAUUGGAGAGCAUCCACCUGAAAUUUAUGAGCCCGUCUCAAAGAAAAAAGCAUCGCACAUUAUUGUGGAGAUUCAACACAAAGAAAGUCUGGAUUCAACUGCCCAGCAGCUAAGACAGAGUCUACUUCAGCGGGCAGCUCUCAUUGAACAAAUUACUGGUAGUGCUAGCUAUGUUAAGCGCGUGAGUGCUGACUCAUUAAAGAGGAUCCAGGCUAAUGGUGCAGCUUCCUCGAACAACAAACUUGGAUUAAAAUGUUUCUUGGAUGACAGGUCUCAGACUCUAAAUGCUCACACUGCAGGUCCUAAGAUACGCUUUCAGAUCACGCCUGAGAGUGAACAUUUGCCAAUCCAACAGGCUGCCAACCAAGAGAGGAAUCCAGAUCAAAUGGUCAUUGGAAAUACUGCACUGCCACCUAUUGAAUCAACUCAGCUGACCCCUCAAUUGAAUUCACUCAGCCUUACACCACUCUCUUCGCCUGUGAAGGAACGAGACCUAAAGUUCACCGAUUCCGUUGGAGCAAGUCCAUCUAGUCCAAAGCCUGUAAAGCGUCGAGGAAAACUCUCUUCGUUUCCCCCUAUGGCUCCAGCUAACCUUUUUCAGACCCCACUCUCUCCUAACUGCCAGCAGGCAAUGUCCACUCUGACACCAAUCACUAACUCCUCUCUCAUGGUCCCUGCCUCAACCCAAGCUACACCAUACGUACCUCCCUCUAAGGCACCACCAGCUAGAAAGAUGUUAUUCUGCCCAUAUGCUGCUGUGCCUCCUGUAGUUGAUGAAUGUUCUCAGUGCAAGGAUAAUAAAAAGAUGAUAAAAAGUUUGGCUACCCAGAACACAGAAGUUGUUGAUGUUUUGAUGGCUGAGAAUAAGACUUUAAAGAUUAUUCUCGUUGAUAUGAUUAAGAACUGUAUUUGCAAUCGCAACAAGGAGAACAAGGUACCGGUACCCUUUCGUGGCCGUCUCAAGACAUUUUGAUAUUCUUUUGUAAGUACAGAGUUGAAUGGGUAUGCACCAAAUUAUGUUUCGCAUGGCUUAAUCCCAGCAGUCGAUCAAUUUGUAUCUACACUGGACCUUUCUCGUAUGUUUUUUUAUUGCCAUCAUUGGCAUACAUUCAUCUUCUGUUUCUAUCACCAUGCAUUCAUUUCUCACUCACACACAUAUACACUCACUAUUUUCACAUUCAACUGAAAAAAAUGUAUCAGGAGUACUUG